AUGUUUGGAGGAUUAAUAGACGUCCGUCCACUGCCCCUGGCUGGUUUCCUGCUGGGAGUCUCUGUAGUGGCUUGGUUCGUCCAGGCGGCCCUCGUGGACUACCGGAUCGCCAAAAGGGGUGGCGGCGGUGUCAAGGCGCCGAGGAUCGCCAGCAACAUCAUCACUGCCGCGGCCUGGUUUGCCUGGGCGGGAUGGCGUCAAAUGAAAAACGAUCUUCUCAGCCUGUAUGACGGCAUCUAUGAGCGGUACGGCACUCCAGAUUCGCCAAACUGCGUCGAGAUCACCUUCACGCUUCCCGGGGUCCGCUUCAUCAUGACCAGAGAGCCUGAGCACGUCAAGACCAUCCUGACCAGCAAGUUCUCCGACUUCGGCAAGGGGUACCACUUCCAUAAGAUCUGGUCGCCAUUCCUGGGAGACAGCAUCUUCACCACCGACGGGCAGCUGUGGCACGACAGUCGGUCGCUGAUCAGGCCCAUGUUCAUCAAGGAGAAGGUCCGCGACCUUGACAUCUUUGAUCGCUGGACCAACGAGAUGAUAAAACUGCUGCCCCCUCCCGGUCAGUCGGUCGACAUCGCCAACCUUUUCUACCGCAUGACACUCGACGUCACCACCGACUUUCUCCUUGGCGAGUCGGUCAACUCUUUGAGAGAUGCCCACAGCGAGUUUGCUUUUUACUUCAACGAAGUCCAGCGUAUCCAGAUGAUGUUGACCAUCUUGGUACCCGCAGCCCCUUUCCUCCCCAGGCACAGGUACUACGCAGGGAUCAGGUACAUCGAGAAGUUUAUGGAGCCGUACAUCGAGCAGGCCCUGGCGCUACCGCCCGACGAGCUCGAGAAGCUCUCCAAGACGGACAAGGAGUUCACCUUCCUGCACAACAUCGCACGUUACUCGCGCGACCGCAAGGUGAUCCGCGACCAGAUCAUGGCGGUGCUGCUGGCCGGACGAGACACGACGGCGGCGACGCUGUCGUGGGCCAUAUACGAGCUCUCCAAGAAGCCCGACGUCGUCAGGCGCCUGAGGCAAGAGAUACUGCGCGUGGUCGGCCCCUUCGGCAACAAGCCGACGUACGAGAACCUCAAGGAGCUCAAGUACCUGACGCACAUCAUCAACGAGACGCUGCGCCUCUACCCGGCCGUGCCGUACAACACCCGCGCCGCGCUCGAGGACUCGAGCCUGCCCAGCGUCGACGGGAAGCCACCCAUCGCCGUCCUCAAGGGCGACAUCAUCGUCUACAGCGCGCUGUCCAUGCAGCGCCGCAGGGACAUCUACCCAGAGGUUUCCGAGACGUUUGCCGACCCGGCCGUCUUCUCGCCCGAGCGCUGGGAGCACUGGACGCCCAAGCCGUGGACCUAUGUGCCCUUCAACGGCGGGCCUAGGAUCUGCGUCGGGCAGAACUUUGCCAUGACCGAGAUGGCCUAUGUCUUGGUCCUUCUGUUCCAAAAGUUUGAAAGGGUCGAGUACUGUGGCGACUGGGAUGCGCAGUAUCACAAGGCCGAGAUCGUUGGUGCCCCUGGUCAUGGUGUCCCAGUAACGUUUUAUCCGGCUGCAAACGACGAGCUUAAAGAAUGA